AGCCAAUGAUAGUCGGGUAUAGAAAGGAUGCCAUUUUUGAUGUAUGCUAUGAAUAGUAAUCGAUAGCCGUGUACGUUAAUCGUCAAUGUGCAUUGUGAGACGUGAGACACGUACGCAUUUAGCUGCCACUUUGUGCGAUUUGAUGCAACGCAAUUUCACUUUUUCAGGAAAGAAAAUUCUCAGUUCUUAAUUCGCUAAGAAUAUUAAAAAAAUGGCAAGCGAUCGUUUGGAUAUCAUAAUAUUUGGUGCUACUGGAUAUACUGGAAAAUUUGUUGUGAAAAAUGCAGUACAGCUUUGCAAGGAAUACAAGUUGAGAUUUGGUGUUGCUGGUCGUAGACAAGAAGCUUUAGAAGCUGUCAUUAAGGAAUUUGCCUCAGAAAUUGAAAAUGUACCUAUUAUUUUGGCUGAUGUAAAAGAUGAAGAGUCUCUCACAGAAAUGACAAAACAAGCAAAGAUAAUUGUUAAUUGUUGCGGUCCAUAUAGAUUUUAUGGAGAACCAGUUGUUAAGGCUUGUAUUACUACUCAUACUCAUCAUGUCGAUGUCAGUGGCGAACCACAGUAUAUGGAAAAAAUGCAAUUGCAAUAUAAUAAAACAGCACAGGAAGCUGGUGUUUAUAUAGUGAGUGCUUGUGGCUUUGAUAGUAUUCCUACCGAUUUAGGAAUCAUUUUUACGCAACAAAAAUUUGGAGGAGAAGUUAAUACUAUUGAAACAUAUCUAAAAUGGUGGACAACUGGGGAUAUAAAAGGUUCUCUUCUGAAUUAUGGAACUUGGGAGUCUUUAAUAUAUGGCAUAACUCAUCAUAAUGAAUUACGAGAAUUGCGCACAAAAUUAUAUCCUAUCAAAUUACCCAAAUUCACACCAAAACUGAAAUCAAAGAUACUACAUAGAAGUGAUGUUUCUGAAGGAUGGUCAACUCUAUUUUUGGGUUCCGAUCGUAGUGUCGCUUUCCGUUCGCAACGAUUCUUGUAUGAUAAGUACAAAGAGAGGCCUGCACAAGUGCAAACUUAUGUCACAUUUCAGUCAUUCUGUACUUUCAUUAUGAUUACCAUUGCUGCUAUGAUUUUGGCCCUUAUGACACGCACAGCAUUCAGUCGUAAUUUACUUCUAAAAUAUCCAGCUCUAUUUUCAUUCGGUUUUAUAAGCCAUGAAAAUCCGAAAUGGGAAACGCAAAAACAAACGCAUUUUUCCGUAACAUUCAAAGCUCUUGGAUGGACUGAAAAAUUGGCUGAACCUACAGAUGAGCACACAAAUGCACCUAAUAAGAAAGUAAUUACAAAAGUUAGCGGUGUCUCUCCUGGAUAUGAUAUGACUAGCAUUGCAUUGAUCUUAUCAGCAAUUACAAUUCUUAAGGAAGCUGAUAAAAUACCUGACAAUGGAGGAGUACUUACACCUGGUGCUGCAUUCGGUAAAACUUCUUUGAUUGAGCAAUUAAAUAAACAUAAUAUUAAAUUUGAGGUAAUAUCAUCUACUGAAAUAUAAAAAUAUCAAAAGAUUCUAUAAAAUUUUCUUUAUAUAUAUUUACAGUGGAGUUGGAAAUGUAGUGGGAUAUUUUUAAUACAUUUUGUAAUCAGAUUUAUAUUUUAUACUAAUAUAUUUUUAUAGCUUUUGAGUAAACUUCUUAUGCCUAUAUACAUAUUUCAAGAUAUUUUAAGAGAGCCAAAAAUCAUGUCUAAUUGUAUCUAUGUUCUAAUAGACAAUUAAUAAUUUUCUACAGAAUUAUAUAUAAUAUGCAUAUUAAGAUUGGGGUAAUAUA